CUGGUAAACUAUAGACGUCGGAGAUGGCAUCGAAUCCAGCGAAGAAGCCGACGGUGAAAUUUGCUCGGAAGACGUCGAGCGGCCGUUAUGUGAGCCUGUCAAGAGAAGACGUGGACUUGAUGAACUAUACAGUUCACAUGCCGCCGACGCCGGAUAACCAGCCAAUUAACGAGCCCGCCGCCGCCGGAGAUCGGUUUGAUUCGACAAGCAGGAACGCGGCGAGCCGGCCUCCGCUGCCUGGAGGUAAGAGGGGAUUAACAUUAACGCCGUGUGAAAUGCCGGAAUGCGACGGGUCUGUGGAGAAGGAUGAGCAGGGGCAGGAUGCGCAUCCCUGUGAAUGCGGGUUUAAGAUAUGCAAUGACUGCUUCGGGGACGCACAAAGGAGCGGAGAAAUCAACUGCCCGGGCUGCAAAGAACUCUACAAAGUGCCGGAGUUUGAUGACAACGAAUCCAGUUUCUCCGCCGUGCCGCCGGCGCCACAACACUGGACGGCGAGCCGCGCCAUGUCGGCUUUACAGAGCAGCCAACCAGCCAAAUUCGAUCACAGUCAGUGGCUCUUUGAAGCACAAGCAACGUAUGGCUACGGCAACGCCUUUUGGCCAAAAGACGACGCCUCUGUUGACGGAGACGGCGGCGGCGGUGGAAGCGGAGAUAACGGCAUUGGCAGCACUGAUGGCGAUAAGCAGUGGAAGCCUCUCGCUCGUCGGAUUCCGAUCUCCGCGGCAAUCAUUACCCCUUACAGGCUGCUAAUUCUGAUACGGCUCAUAGCACUUGGCUUCUUCCUCACAUGGCGGAUAAAAAACAAGAACCACGACGCCAUCUGGCUUUGGGGAAUGUCCGUCGUCUGCGAGAUUUGGUUCGCCUUCUCAUGGAUCCUCGACCAACUCCCCAAACUCCACCCCAUCAACCGCUCCACCGACCUCUCCGCCCUCCGCGACCAGUUCGAUCCCUCGCCCACCUCACCCUCCGACCUCCCCUCCGUCGACGUCUUUGUCUCCACCGCCGAUCCCGACAAGGAACCCCCUCUCGUUACGGCCAACACCAUCCUCUCCAUCCUCGCCGCCGAUUACCCCGUCGAUAAGCUUUCCUGCUAUCUCUCCGACGACGGCGGCUCCCUCCUCACCUUCGAGGCUAUGGCUGAGGCUGCCGCUUUCGCAGCCUUAUGGGUCCCCUUCUGCCGCAAACACGACAUUGAGCCGCGGAACCCGGAAAGUUACUUUGGCCUGCGGAGGGAUCCCACGAAGAAUAAGCGGAGGCAGGAUUUUGUGAGGGAUCGGCGGAGAGUGAAGAGGGAGUAUGAUGAGUUUAAGGUGCGGGUUAAUGGCUUGCCGGAUGCGAUAAGGAGGCGGUCCGAUGCGUUUAACGCGAGGGAAGAGAUGAAGCAGAUGAGGAGGAUGAAGGAAGCUGCGGCAGCCGGUGAUCAGGAUGUGAUGAUAGAGGUGGUGAAGGUGAAGAAGGCGACUUGGAUGGCUGAUGGGACGCAUUGGCCUGGGACUUGGGCGCUGACGGCGCCGGAGCAUGGGAAAGGGGACCAUGCUUCUAUACUUCAGGUGAUGUUGAAGCCGGCAAUGGCAGAGGCUAUCUACGGCCGGGAAUCCGAGCAGCAGCUUGGAAUAGACUUCACAGAGGUGGACGUGCGAUUGCCGAUGUUAGUUUAUGUGUCGAGGGAGAAGCGGCCGGGGUAUGACCACAACAAGAAAGCUGGAGCUAUGAAUGCUCUCGUGCGCGCCUCCGCAGUGAUGUCAAAUGGGCCAUUCAUCCUUAAUCUUGAUUGCGACCACUAUAUCUAUAAUGCAGUGGCCAUCCGUGAGGCAAUGUGCUUCCUCGUUGAUCAUGGCGGUGAGGAUAUUUGCUUCAUUCAAUUCCCGCAACGCUUCGAAGGAAUUGACCCAAAUGAUCGAUAUGCCAACAAUAACACUGUAUUUUUUGAUGGAAACAUGCGUGCUCUUGAUGGUUUGCAGGGUCCAAUGUACGUCGGGACCGGAUGCAUCUUCCGCCGCUUCGCCCUCUAUGGUUUCGACCCGCCGCCCGCCGCCUCCAAUUCGACGCCUUCCCACCACCCUCACUUUGUCGUCGCCGAAACCGACUCCUUCCGCCCCCAAUCCUUUUACGACGCCGAACUCAAUCCCUCCUACCUCCCGAAACGCUUCGGAAACUCCUCUGCUCUAGUCGAAUCCAUCCCCAUCGCCGAGCUUCAAGGACGGCCUCUCGCCGACUACCAAUCCUCACUGUAUUGCCGGCCC